UCAGUCUCGCGUGUGCAGCUCGUCCGGCUGGUUCGGCCAUGUGACGCUCUGGGCGCGAUCAACUGGCCAAUCUGUGCACUCAUAAUAUACAAGCUAUCCGUCAUUUAUAUUCCUACCUGCGCACUACAUACACACUCGCAAACAUACACACACGGAUAGACAACAGUUGGGCAUGUUGGGGCGCCGGGUGUUGACGUUGGGGCUGCUGCUCGUUUCACUGGCCGCUACAGCUCUGGCCGUUAGCUGCUAUGAAUGCGAUUCCGUCAACGAUUCGAAUUGCGGCGAUGAUUUUCAGCCCGAUGACAUUGCCAAAACCGACUGCGAUUCCAUGGAGCUGCCAGAGCAUUUGCGUGCUUUCUAUUUGCAGCGACCCGACACUGCGUGCCUGACCAAGUACUACAGGGGCUCUCUUGAUGAAGCGUUAUUUGUGCGACGUUCCUGCGCUUUCGGCGAUUUGUCUGUGUGCGAUGAGCAGCCGGAUCCGGUAAUGCCGCAGCUCGGUUUCUUGGGUUGUGUUUUCUGCCACAAGGAUUUCUGUAAUCGGAGUACGCAUCUGGUACAGGUCCACAGCACGGUUUUGAGCGUGAUGCUAAUUUUAGUCUACUUAUUCAACAAUUAAAUGCAUUGAGAAUCGAAUAGAAAGGUCUUAACUGAAA